AUGUCAAAAUGGUAUUGGGGAGGGUUGCACCAGCCUCCAUCAUUGUUGGGUAAUGCAUUGUUUGGUGGUCAGAAGUUGGUUGCAGUGACUACUGUAGAACCAGGGUUAGGAAUGGCAAUGGGCCGGGCUUGGUCCAGGUGGGAUGUGGUUACUUGUGGUGUAGGUGGGAGGUGGGUGGUGGUUAAUGGUGGGGGUUGGGGUUUAUUGGCUUCAAAAUGGCCUUCUUCUUCAUCAUCAUCAUCAUCAAAAUCACGUUGCUUACAGUGCCAUGAUUCCACCACCACUUGCUUCAGAAACGGAUGGAGACUCCGCAAUGGCGAACGCGCUAAUCUCUGCUAUCGCUGCGCUUGCAUUUAUGAGAAUGGGAGAUUCUGCGAAACGUUUCAUUCAGACGAUGAUGGUUGGAGAGACUGUCAAUCUUGUAGGAAGUUGGUUCAUUGUGGAUGUGUUGUGUCAUUCAAUCAAUAUUUUCUACUGGAUCUUGGUGGAGUGAUCUGCAGGGAUUGUUCAAAGAAAAAUCUCAUUCUGGCACGAAAUCGGCGGCAUGCGCAUGAAUUUCAAACAGAUCCAACAAAUUUGCUUGAUCUUUCCAAGAAAGUACAGAUUGAACCUCACUACAGGCCUGGUGGUAUUGGUUCAGUGACUUUUUAUCGAGCGGAACCAGGGGGAAAGAUGGCGGUUGGAUAUAGAAAGGAUUCUGUUGUAAACUUACCUCACCAGUUCGCGGAAUUGCAAUCCCAAGUGGAAAGGCUGCAUGCUAAACUUGACACAAUGCAACAACAAAGGGAUGCUAAGCUUGACACAAUGCGACAACAAAGGGAUGCUGAGCUUGACACGAUGCGACAACAAAGGGAAACGUUGCAAAAAGAAAUAACCAUGUUUGUGACACAGUUUGAUAAUCUUCCGGGUAAUCCACGAAAUGCGUCAUAGUUUGUUGUUUUCAACACUUGGGCUUAUCUAUGUAAAUUUUGUAGUUCAGAAGUAUGUUAAAAAUGGUGUUGUAAUUGAUAAUUUUUAGAUUUAUUUAUUGUCUUUGUGGUUGAAUUUGUAAACAGAU